UAUUGAGUAAUAUUUUGGAAUAAAAAAAUAAGUUGUUCCGCGUUCAAUCGCUCGCUCAUACAGAAACCACUUUUGUCCUUUUAAAAGGAUGGUAUGAGUCAGUCAAAACCCAUCCUAAGCUAUCUCACUAUAUAUAAUACCAUCUCAUCUAAUCUAUUCCUUAAGCUAAUCUUCAAAAGGAACACGCUAAGCUAGCAAUCCCAUUCCACAAUUCCUCUGCAACGACCUUGGUCGUCGGCUUAUAUAUACAUAUAUAUACAUAGCAAAAUUUGUGUGUUAGAGAAAGGCCAUAGUAGUAAUAGCAGAAGCGCAGUUGAUCAUCAAUAUUUGAGGAAUAUUGAUUAGAAACAAUGGAUGUUCAUCAUCAUCAUCAUCAUGCUUCCAUGGAGGGCUUUGGGUCAGGAACUCAACCUAGUUCUGGUGAAGAAGAUAUUAUGGACUUGAGGAAAGGUCCUUGGACCGUUGAGGAGGACUCUCUGCUCAUCAACUACGUUUCCACCCACGGCGAAGGCCGCUGGAACUCCCUCGCUCGCCAUGCAGGCCUAAAGCGAACCGGUAAAAGCUGCAGAUUGAGAUGGUUAAACUACUUGCGUCCCAGUGUUCGGAGAGGAAACAUCACCCUCCAAGAGCAGCUUUUGAUUCUUGAACUCCAUUCUCGAUGGGGCAACCGGUGGUCCAAGAUAGCCCAAUAUCUGCCGGGUAGGACAGACAAUGAGAUAAAGAACUAUUGGAGAACCAGAGUCCAAAAGCAAGCCAAGCAACUCAAGUGUGACGUCAACAGCAAACAAUUCCAAGACGCCAUGCGUUACGUUUGGAUACCCCGUUUGAUCGAACGGAUCCAGGCCUCCUCCACAUCCGAGUCAUCCUCUUCCACGGCUACUGGUCAACAACCCACUUCCACCUCCACUACCUCCACCAAACACCACCACCACUCCUGCCCUCCUGACAAUAUUUCUGCCUCUUCCUCCGACACUUCGGACCUCCAAGCUGUCUCCUCCUCUGUUUCGGACCUCACCGACUCCCAAGACCUCCCACCCGACCCAGCUCACACUGCACACAACCAAUACCAAUACCAAAAUUUGGACAUGCAGGUAAACCAACAGAGCAACUCUUGGGUAGGCGAUUCAUUGGACAAUUUGUGGAACGAAGACGAUAUAUGGUUCUUCCAGCAGCACCUCUGCCAUGAUGAUUUCUAAUAAAUAAAUAAAUAAUAUUAAUAAUUAUUAUUAUUAUUAUAACUAUAGUAAUCUUUCAUUUCUUUAUUAGGAAUUUGCUUACGUGACGCAUUUUUAGAUUCCGAUCCAGGAGGACAUUUAUAAUUGUACUACUACCAUAGCCUACUGCUCCAAUUAAUCUUGCAGUUUACAAUCAAUUUGAUGACUUCGUUGCACAGAAAAAAACAAUACACUUUUGUUUGCUUCCCUUUUUUUGAACCCAAUUUAUUACUAUUGUCUUUAUUUUUUAUAUUUA